CGGAUUGCGCUGCCCUGCCGCCCGCAUCCCCUCGUUGCUGGAAGAGCAUGGCACGGCUCCAGGACCCCUGCGGUCGCACAGGAGAGAAGUGAAAACAUAACUGAGAGACCAGAGAGGGAGAGAGGAAAGAGGUGCAGUUGGACUGUUUCAUGACUGUCACAGCUGCCUGAGCGCUGCGCUGCACUGAGUUGAGUUUCAGUCACACACAGCCACACACAUACACACUCUCACUAGAAGAGAGAAAAAGGAAGGAUGGCGGGCAGUUUGUCGCAGCUCUGGGGGCAAAUGUGAACGAGGAAACCUCGGUGACAUCCUGGGUUUCACCACAUCGCAGCCUUCUCUCCCUUCGUGGUACGUCUUCCUCACUGCUCGCGCUCAACAGGGAUUAAACUUUUUACAUUUCCCCUCCUCCCCCCCCCAUCUCUUGUUGUAUCUUAUUCGGAAACCUGUCAGACAUGGAGUCUCCCACCAAAGAGAUAGAGGAGUUUGAAAGUACUGCUCUGAAGUACCUCCAGCCGGAACAAAUAGAGAAGAUUUGGCUCAGGCUUCGGGGACUGCGCAAGUACAAGAAGACGUCCCAGAGAUUACGAUGUCUGGUGAAGCAACUGGAGAGAGGAGAAGCCUCACUGACUGACCUCAAGAAAAACCUUGAGUAUGCAGCAUCAGUGCUGGAAUCCGUUUACAUUGAGGAGACAAGGCGACUGGUGGACACAGAAGAUGAGCUCAGUGACAUCCAGUCGGAGUCGGUGCCUUCAGAGGUCCGGGACUGGCUGGCCUCCACCUUUACGAGACAGAUGGGUCUGAUGCUGAGAAGAAAUGAAGAAAAACCACGCUUCCGCAGCAUCGUCCAUGCCGUUCAGGCAGGCAUUUUUGUUGAAAGGAUGUACCGACGUACUUCCAAUAUGGUGGGACUCAGCUACCCCGCGUCUGUCAUAUCUGUGCUUAAGAAUGUUGACAAGUGGUCGUUUGAUGUGUUCGCCCUGAACGAAGCCAGUGGGGAUCAUGCCCUUAAAUUCAUAUUCUACGAGUUACUCACAAGAUAUGAUCUCAUUAGUCGCUUUAAGAUCCCGAUCUCUGCGGUGGUGUCUUUUGUGGAGGCUUUAGAAGUUGGAUAUAGCAAGCAUAAAAACCCCUACCACAACCUCAUGCACGCAGCUGACGUCACGCAGACUGUACACUACCUGCUGCUCAAGACUGGCAUGGUGCAUUGGUUGACUGAGCUUGAGAUCUUUGCCAUGAUCUUUGCGGCGGCGGUGCACGACUACGAGCACACAGGGACCACAAACAACUUCCACAUCCAGACAAGGUCAGACACAGCUAUCCUGUAUAAUGACCGCUCGGUGUUGGAGAGUCAUCAUGUCAGCGCGGCCUACCGCCUGCUGCAGGACGACGAUGAAAUGAACAUCCUCUACAACCUCUCCAAGGAUGACUGGAGAGAAUUGCGAGCUUUGGUGGUGGAGAUGGUGCUGGCCACAGAUAUGUCCUGCCACUUCCAGCAAGUAAAGACCAUGAAGAACUUUCUCCAGCAACCUGAAGGCAUCGACAAGCCCAAAGCUCUGUCCCUGUUGUUGCACACGGCUGACAUCAGCCAUCCGGCCAAGAGCUGGGAUCUCCACCAUCGCUGGACAACCUCCCUGCUGGAGGAGUUCUUCAGACAGGGGGACAAAGAAGCUGAGCUUGGGCUGGCGUUUUCUCCGCUCUGCGACAGGAAGUCCACCAUGGUGGCGCAGUCCCAGAUCGGGUUCAUAGACUUUAUCGUGGUGCCCACCUUUACUGUGCUAACAGACAUGAUGGAGCGUAUUGUCACGCCACUCAUCGAAGAGGCCUCUCACUCAGGCCUUGCCGCCUUUAGACGCUCAAGUCUGAACAGUAUUGGCUCAGAUGAAAGUAAGAGACACAGUGUGAAGAGCAUCGGCUCGGACAGCGGUUCAUCAGGCCAAAGCCCUCUGCUGACGGCGGACAUUAAGAACUUCAAAGCCUUGUGGAAUGAGGAGGUUUAUCAAAACAGAGAGAGAUGGAAAGCCCAGGCUGCUAAAGAGGCGGAGGAGAGAGCUAAAAAGGAAGCGGAAGAGCGAGCUCAGCGGGAAGAGACUAUGGAGCCCCAAGAUGCCCACAAAGAAUCUGAACCGAAGGAGAACAAGUUGGAGGAAGGAGUGUCUGAGCAAGCAGAGGUCAGCAGACCACAGGAUGGGAGCACAGGGGAACCAGACGCGGGAGCGCAGCCCAGGAACCCUGCACACCAGAAUCCCUCACUGCAGAAUGGAGAGCUGUCAGAAGGUGCUGAAACUCCAGAUGUCGAAGAAAACAGCAACAAAGGAAUGAGUGAGUUAGUGAUGGACUAACCGCGCAGGGGAGCAUCAUGCCCACGUGAACCUGCUGUGUGGGACUUUUUGGAGGAAAGGCCAUUAGCUGGACUAUGUCGCCCUCUAGAGGCCACAGAGAAACUGACACCAACGCUUACAUUUGUCCUUUUUUGUGCGCAACUGUUAAAAGCUUUUCUUUAGCUUUUACCACGUUUAUCCAUUUUUCACCAUGUAUGCAGAAUCAUGUGCAUUAUUCUCUCCCUCCUGCUCACUUGUGAAGAUUGAAUCACUUUAAACAGCAGCAUCAAGGGUGAAAGAGGAGUUUUUAUUGGAUGCUGUGUCUUUUUGUAAUUCCAUUUUUAAUUUGCUCUUUGUUGUAUGUUUAACUCGACCACAGAUAUAUAGAUGUUGUACAAAUCAAAUUCUUAGAUGCAUUAGUUUAGAUAAUGAAUGAGAAGGAUGCGGAUGGAGGCCUGUGUAAUAUUCAGAACAGACGCAUGAUCAGAGGAACUUAUACUACUGCUGCACAGCAUGUAAAAUAUCUGUAUGUACAGUACACUGAGGUUUGACUCACCACUCUUGUUUUAUUAUCAAGCAAUCCUUAAACAACUCCACUCUAAUUUAGAAACCUUUUUUCUUCUGCUUUGGGAAGCUGAAGCUUCAAUUUCAGCACCACAUGUUGUGGUGUGUUUUUAUCUCAUAGUACUUUCCUCUCACAUUGUGCAGUUCCAAUGCAUUUGAGUUCCCUGCAACCAGGUACAUAUUAUUUUGAGUGUUUUUGUCCUCUUUACUGAGUCUAUUGAAAGUUUGUUCAUGUAAAGAUCUGAGGUGGGGAAAGAAAUCCAACCACAGUCCAGUAAGGAGAAUAUUUUGGAGAUAAAAUGUAAGAUAGCUGUUGUGAAAAAUGUCUAAAAAUUAGAAAGCAGCUUUUUUGCAAUUCAAACAUAUCACACCUGCAAAUGCAUUUAAGUUUUCUCUUGUAAAAUAUGACUUUUUUUUUGUAUAACUGUCUGCAAUUUUGCAUUUAUGUCCUACUAGAUGUGUCUAAUAUCGUCACACUUCUUGAUGCCUUCUAAUGUAUAUUAAGCUGUAGCAAAAAGUCAAUAUUAUUGCUGAAGAAAAUCUUCUCUUCUUUUCUUUUGCAGUGCAGUUUUGUCGCAGAAAUUUGCUCGUCAGCGUGAUGUUUAAUCAGUGUGUUUACAGUGCGCUCGUACACCUCUUAGCUGGCCGAAUCCCAUCAUGUUUUCUGUGAUGCUUCAGAGGCUGCGACUUCGAACUGUAUCUGCCUCCUGGUUGUUUGCCAUGUUUUCAAGGCUUGUAAUGUUGUGUAUAGACGACGCAGUUGUUGCUUACUGUGCAUAUGUAAUAUAACUAACCCAUGGGAUGCUGGCUCAGCUCUCACUAUAUACUUAAAAUGUAUCAUUUGAAGGACAUAAUUUAUUUAUUUUUUGGCAGUAUUUGCAUAUUGUUGGACAUUUAUGUUCCUAAAACCAUACUUUUUUUUAACUUCCCCCCCAUGUUUUUUUUUUAAAUGACUGAAAAAAGCGUUAAAAUGUUGAGAAACAUGCCAUUAUGCUUCCCUAAUCCCACCCUGCCCAUUUUUUUAAUUUAUUUAUGUUUUUGUCAUUGUAACACGACCAUGGUGGGAUAUAGCGGUUUCUCAUGCACUGAAACGUCAUGCUACGCUCUACCUAGAAGAGACAGUCGGUGGUUAGCAAGCCAGCUGGCUGAAUGUGUGCCUCUAUCUGUACUUUUCACGUCACACCUUCCACCUGUACCUAAUUUAGUGAUGUCAUUUGAACCUAUGCUUAUCCAGGUACAGUCAAACUAGCGAGUGUCUUCUGACAAUGUAUCACAACUAAGGAAUCAUCAGAAAUGUCUGAAAGGUCAGCGCUUUCAUGUUGCAGUUUAUAGUAUUUAUAUUGGUAUAUUUAAUGCUAUAUUUUGCUGAUUUUCAAUCACAGAAGUGUAUUUUCUAGCUGUUCUUUGCUGUUUAGUGUAUUUUUGUUUCUUCCAUUGUACCGCUUUCUCCGGUUUUAAGCUCGGUAUGUCCUCAACAUGUGAAGAUGUUGUCCUUUUUUCACUUUAACUCGCUCUUUUCUGUCUUUUUUUUUGUUUGUUUCUUUGUUUUGUUUUAUUUCAACGUCAAAACUGUCCAUUUAAAGUGCAACAGUCUUAAGCUUAAGAUUUCAAUCGUUCUCAGAAUAGGCUGCCUGACACUUGGUGAAGGAGAUCAUAUUUUCUGCACCAAGGGACCAACACGCGUAGUCUUGUAGUCUGCUCGACCUUCCAUUUGCUACUGUGAUGGCCUACUUUAUGAACAUUUAACAGGACUCUAUGUCGACCAUAUUAGGAAAUGCAGCUGUAUUUGCAGACACGUUAAGACUUCUAAACAUCGUUUUUUCAUAUUAGUGACAAUGAAACAGGUUAUUGUUGUUGGUUUAAUGCUUCGUUUCCUUGUUUUGUCUGAAUCACUCUGUAAUGACUGAUCUCAACCUUUCUGGGUCGUACGUAUGUAAAGGGUAUGUAAGUGCGAAUGUGUGCGUCACAAAAUACUUAAUGUGCAUUUCUGAACUCACUGUGAUCUGCUCUGUCGAUGGGUGUGUGAGUAUUUGCGAGAGAGAGAGAGAGAGAGAGAAAGAGAGAGAGAGAGAGAUUUAAAAUAAAAAAACAAAACAAAGAAGAGCGAUGCAGUGGACAGUGUAAACUGCCUGAACAAGUCAUUUUAGAUCCAAGCUGAUACUGCUGAUACUGCUGAUUAUAAAACUGUAACGCACAUUCAGGAUAAAACUGAGUUAAGCAACAACAAAUAAAUACAUUUAGAGAACGAGUGACACAUUUUAAAGACGUGAGAAAUGCGCUUUAUCUGACAGCAGGUUGAUACUGUCCACUACAUCCCUGAAUAGACUGACUGACUUGGAGUAAUUGAGCGUGUGUGUGUGUGUGUGUGUGUGUGUGCGUGCGUGUGUGUGUGUGUGUGUGCGUGUGUGUGCGUGUGUGUGCGUGUGCGUGUGCGUGUGUGCGUGUGUGUGUGUCACUGUCACGUGCCGGCCAGGCAGCCGUGUGUGCCACCAUGCUCUGUGACUGCACAGCCGUAUCAAUAAAUCUGGACUCA